AGAGAAUAUUGUUCUUGUAAUGCUAUGAUCAUCUCAAGGAUGGAUACAUUCAAUUAAUUGUGAAUUACGAUGGCAGCUACCUAAAUGACACUAUUUCCCACUUGUUUCUGGGAGGGACCUACCUUUUCUCCUUUGCUAUCAAACUAUAGAAGACUGGCCCUGGCCGGCCAGCCGGCUCUCCCUAAGUCUCCGAGAAUUAUGUGGCUAUCUUGUCUCUAUUAUCAAUGGAUGCUACUACAGCUCUUCUACCACCAUCCUCCUUGAUUUGAUUAGAGGUAUUGAACAAAUCACCUCCUCUUGAAUCUCCUGCAGGAUGGAUGGCAAAUUCACCUUCACCUGGAACGACGAUGUGUUGAUGGAACUCCUCCUCUGGCUGCCUGCAAUAUCACUUGUAAGAUUCAAACUGGUAUGCAAACACUGGCUCUCCAUAAUUUCAUCCCACCAUUUCUGUCUUCUCCACACUCUCCGCCACCACAAACCCCAACCCUCUUUCAUUUUCCACCCUCACACCAUCUCCCCUUCCCAAUUCUUCUACUUCCAUCCUCUGUCCAGUGAACGUCUGGUGCCAUAUCACUUCACUGUCCCUAUCCCUAACACAAAAAUAUUGAGCUCUUGCAAUGGCCUGCUAUUGUUGGAGUCUGAUCAACCCGGAAAGAGUUGCUACAUUCACAAUCCCACCACCAAGAAAUCAAGGUGUAUUAAUCUUACUGUCGGUGGCACGCACACAGAUCUUCUGGGGCUCAACUUGGCAUUUGAUCCUUCUAAAUCUCCUCACUACAAAAUCAUUUGCAUCAGGAAAGCUGCAGCAAGGCAGCCUGCUCCCCGUAGGCAGCCCUAUUCCCGGGAUGGACUAAGUUGUCAGAUUGAGGUCUAUGACUCAGAGAUUCACACAUGGAAGCUCUCCCUGGAAUCAUUCACAGCAUAUAGAGAAACCAAGUUCUCCUUUGGUGUCCACUGGGGAAAUGCAAUUCACUGGGAUAAUCAUCCUCGUGCCCACAUGUACUUCGACAUCAGUAAGAAUGUGAUUGGAAGCUUACCCUAUGCGCAAAUCCCAUGGCCUCCGGGAGGAGGAGGUGGAGCCUGCCAUUGCCAGCUCCAAGAAUCAAAUGGGCGUUUGCAUCACUUCAUCAUUGUAUCAGACAGAGGUGACAAAUCAAUAGCAGUACUGGAAUUGCAAGAAGAUUACUCCCAAUGGCAGUUGAAGUACCAUGACAAAUUUGGUCGGCUUCCAGGUAAGACUCGGACCUUGUGUUUUGUGAGAGGAGACGAGAGAGAGGUAGACACUAUGGUGUAUCAUGUGCCCGGAAAGAUGGUAGUUUACAAGUUCAUUGACAAGAGCUCUAAGGAGGUUGAUCUCACAAAUGAAGCAUUUUAUAAGUAUGAUUCUGUCUUGUUUGAGCCUCAAAAUAUCCAUCUGUUUGGUGAAAGCUUGGUUCCUGUCUGAUCCGACUGUUAUUAUAGCAUAAAUGAAGGUCUGCAUUUGGCCCCUCUAUAUGCAGAUUGGCUUUUGUGAAGAAUAAGGUAUGACUUUUGUAAGUGCUGGUUUAUUUAAUCUAUAAUAAUCUCUUGGAAGUAAAUACAGCCUUAAAGGUCUCUCUCUGCUUAGAAGAGCUGCAAAACUAUUAAAAUUUUAUGAUUAUGAAGAUAUAGAUAGAUAGAUAGAUAGAUAGACAGAUCACUCAAUCUCUAGUCUGAAUAGUAAUUAGUUAUGUAUGUAAAGUUACCCUUUCCAAAAAAGCAUUCUUCAUCUCUAAACCUGCCUGAUUCAAUCUCUCAUAAUAUUGUUUAGGGUGGUAAGAAGUAAGAAGAAGGAUUCUUCCCUUCCCUCCCCUGGCUGGAUUCUAAUCUUCUUAGGAUGUAAUAAUAAUAUAUAAUUAGAGUGAGCAGUUGCCAAAGAAAGGAAUCGCUUCUGAGUGAGGCCAUCCAUGAAUCAGGACAAAAGAAAUGCUAAACCCAUCUAUAAAGGAUUUGCAAUAGUAGUGAGUGAGUCAUGUCAGAAUUCCAUCCCCAUUUGAAGUUCAUACCUCAGCCUCAGACGUACAAAUAUGGAUGUCAUUGUCUCCCCUCCCUCCCUCCACCCAUGCCAAUGGCAUUGCCACCUUGGACUUGGACCUGGACCCUUCCCAUUUCUUUCUUUCACUUUUCUUUCUCUUUAGUCUGCGGUUGCACCUUCAUCGUCUCAAACAACUGCCCUUUCACAAUAUGGCCCGGUACCCUGGCCGGUUCAGGAACAC